AUGUCCCUCUAGGCAGCAAAAUUUUCGAGUUGCCAUAGCAUACCGAACAGAUAUAAACCCCUGCCCAGACCACGCCCUCCAUCAUCAAGCAACUCUCGCCUCACCUCGCCACACUACACUAUCUAGUAACUGAGCCAACCAAGCUAUGCCUAGCUAGAUACCUACUAUACCACCUGCCAUACACCACCCCCUUAUAAACCCCACAACCAUGAGCUACACACAAGACAAAGCGCACUCCUCGGCCCUGCUAAGCGCCAUCCUCUCCGGCGAGAAGGCCCUGCAGCAGCAACCCCAGCCACCCCCCUCAACCUCAAAGUCUUCAGACUCCGACUCCGCCUCCAUCAUCUCCACAAGCACAACCGGAAGCACCAAGCCUCUUCUCCAGCCCAGCAAAAGCAGCAACCAUAAAGAGAAGGACAGCGACAAGUCUUGUAGUGGUGGAAAUAGCAGCAGCAGCAGCAGCAGCAGCAGCAGCAAAGUAAGCGACCUCGAAACCAGAAUGAUGCGGGCCGCGCUGAAGAACCAGUUGCGGAUGAACUAGGAGACCCAACCGACUAAACAACGAACCGCAUAAUCUUUCGUCCUUGCUCCGCUAGGCUCGCCGGGUUGGGUUGAGUUG